UUUGUUUUCUUGUUAGUUACCAUUAUGGUUGAAAAUAACACUUACUGUCUUUGAAGUUGAUAUAAUAAUUGAGUACUCAUUUAAUUUGAUUUUUUCAACCACAAAACUUUGUUCAUCUUUCCAAACAGCUCCUCUGUGAGAAGUCUCAUUCCAUAAGAGUUGAAAAUCUCCUGCUUGUAUAAGCUCAGAUGAUAUGCAAAUUAAUGCAUUUUGGAUGUAUCUUCCAUAAGCUUGUCAAUAUCUGCUGCUUCUUUCCUGUCAAGCAUUUAAUGUAGUUUUUGGUGUAUUCAUGCACAUUAUUUUAAGCCAAUUCUGACUCAACAUGCAUGAUAUAAUGUCUCACCAAUAUGGUCUCAAGCAAUGCAUGUUAAUCAUGGACCAACCAGUUUCAGUUUCAAGUCACAAGCGCUCCAACAGUGAUCCAAUGAAAUGGAGAGUAAUGGAAGAUGAAUUUGUGAAUAUCAGAGAAUCUUCUUAUCAGCCUAAAGUGGAACUGGGAUAUCAAAAGCAAAAUAUUGAAUCCAAGAAGAGGCAGUACAACAACAUGGAUCUUCAAAGUUCUUUGACUCAAGAGAUUUUGCAACUACAAAAACGAUUACAGCAACAAUUUGUGAUAAGGCGUGCAUUCGAGAAAACAUGUUAUAUACCUUUUUCACAAGAUACUACAGUAGAAAAUUCAAUACCACAGGCUGCAAAGGAACUGAUUAAGGAAAUUGGAAUAUUAGAAUUAGAAGUCAAGUAUUUGGAACGAUAUCUGCUCUCUUUGUAUCGGAAAAGAUUUGAUGAACACAUUUCAUCACUGUCAACCAAAGAAAGAAGAUUGGAAGCAGCUUCAUACAUUAACAAAAGUACUUCUGCAUUAAGUUGCAAUGAUUCUAUCCUUGACAAACAAAGAAGAAUGGAAUUAGCAUCACACAUUAACAAAGUAGCUUCUGUAGUACCUGACAGUGGUGCUAUCUCUGACAAAGAAAUGUCCAUUUCGUACUCAAGCGAUAACAUCUCAACAAGUAAUUUAGGUGGUUUUCAACUCAAGGAAUGCAAUAACCAGUUAGAACCAGAAUCUGUUUUAGACUCUAGUAUUCAUCGGUGUUACUCUGCAUUAUCUCAACAAACAGCUUGCUCGAUUGAGGCUUCUUCUGAGGACAUUAGGACCAAAGCUGCAGAGUCUUACCAUUCUCUACCAUUGUUCAUGCUAGAGCAAGCUCAGUGUGCUAAAUCCAACUCAACUAGCCUAGCAGAACAGUUUGGGAAUAGUUACAUUGACAAUGUUCAAGAGACACCGAAUUGGCUUUCUGAGGAGAUGAUAAAAUGCAUAUCAGCUAUAUAUUGUGAACUUUCAGACUCACCUUUUCAUAAAAAUGCUUCAUCACCCGGUUAUGAGGUAUCUUCAAAGAACCAGGGUGGUAAGCGGGGAUCACAGUGGAAGAAGCAUUCAUUAUUCAAUUUAAACUCCAGCAACCCUUUCCAUAUCAAAGGGUCAAAAAAAUUUAGCGGACCUUAUGGUUCAAUGAUAAGGAUUCAGAAAUUAUGCACAGAUAGUCAGAAAUUAAAAGAAAAUGAGUACAUGCUACGCAGAUUUAGGUCACUUGUUUCUCGUCUGCAAGAAAUUAAUCCGAGAAAUAUGCAACACGAAGAAAAGCUAGCCUUUUGGAUUAAUGUGCACAAUGCCUUAGUAAUGCAUGCCUUGUUAGUUUACGGAAUUUCAGCCAACAAUGUCAAAAGAAUGUCUACAGUACUCAAAGCUGCAUAUGACAUUGGGGGUCAUACUGUCAGUGUAGAAAUGAUACAAAACUUCAUUCUGGGGUGCAGAUUGCCUAGCACAGGACAAUGGCUGCGACAGUGGUUUCCUUCUUUGACAAAGCCAAAGGUCAGAGAUAUAAGAAAAGGAUAUGCUAUACGUCGUCCAGAACCUUUAUUACUAUUUGCUCUUAGCACAGGAAGCCAUUCUGAUCCCGCGGUACGUUUGUACACAUCCAAGAGACUCUUGGAGGAGCUACAAUCUGCGAAAGAAGAAUACAUUCAGUCCAACAUCACUAUAACCAAGGAACAUAAAAUAAUUCUCCCAAAGAUAGUUGAUUCCUUUGCAAAAUGUUCAGGUCUAGGAGCACCUGAUUUGGUGGAAAUGGUUAAGCCUUAUCUACCUGAGUCUCAAAGGAAGAGCAUCCAAGAGUUUCAAUCAAAGGCAAGCUGGAAAGGCAUUGAGUUAACCCCUCAUGACUUCACUUUUCAUUGCCUGCUUUCAAAGGAAUUAGCUUGGUAAUAGCAUGCCUUCGUACUAUACACGAACUUGUGCGGAUGGCAUGAUUGUCGGUUUAUCCAAUAUAUAUACUAGACUUAUAUUUGAUGGCAAGCACAGGUGUGAUGUGUUGGCAGGAAAUGUAUCCGGCUCAAAGCAUAACCGGUAAAUAAUAAUUGUCUGCCUUGUAUGUAUGAAAAUAUUAAGCGUAGGAAUAGGAUGGCAACACUGCCGGUGAGGGCAGGGAGCAGAGUGUAAUGCUACUAUGUUUAGCAAGCAACAAUCCUGAAGUUUUGGGAGCCUGAACUUCAUUAUCGUUACUGAAUUUCAGGCUCCCAAAACUGAAUUUUGGGUUCAAGUAUUUUACUAUUGCUAAAUUGUUUUUCACUUUAUGGAUGUAUCUUCUCUGUUUCAACAUCUGUGCUAAACUGAAUUUCAGGCUCCCAAUCGAUUAAUGCUAAACACUGUUUUAU